AUGAGACACCGGUAUGAUCAAAGCUCCCAGUUGUUACUUCUCUCGUUUUUCUUUUUGUGCCAUUCGACUUUUGCCAAUGGUUCGUGAGUUUACCGCCUAAAUUACUUUUUCAUCUUUCACACGGCUUUAGCCACCUUCUGUUGCUUCAGAUUCUUGUUUAAAUGUGUCCUCGGAUUGCUGUUGGCGUGAAAACAACAGCUCACGACCGUGGAAGUUCCACGACCAUAUAGAUCAGACCUAUUAUCGGCGCACGUUCCGGCUGGGCACGCUAAGAGCGCCUCCGGGUGAGUGAGAAAACGUUGUUGUCAUAAAUUUGUUUGCCUUCAGCCAGCGGCUACUACUCCAGCGUUUUAAGUGAUCCGCACGAACUCAGCGCCUUGGAGAGCUGCGAUUACUGCACAAGAACUGGAAUCCUGAAGAUUUCGAUUAGGUAAUCCGUUUGAUCUUCUCGAUUAACGCAGUGAAGCCAUUGCUAAUAGGUUUUAUUUCUUUCAGACAUUGGGCAAGUCCGGUAUCGGCGUUUCAGCUGUGUUUUCGGCAAACCACUCCGGAACGAAAAACCUCCCAAUGCAAGGAGUUGGACUCGAACAAACAUGGCCUUGUUGAAACGCAGACUAUACGGGUUCUACAAGGCUAUCCAGUUAAUGUAAGUAACGCCGCAUAUACUUAUAUUGCAGCCCUCUAAGUUACAUAAAGUCUAUGGGAAGUACCCCAAGUGCGAAGCUAAGAUUUUGAUGACGCUUGCCACAAAUUUAGAAUAUUUUGUUCUAAAAUUUAUGCGAGAAUCCCAGCUCGCGCCUUGCAGAAACUACCGAGAUUUUUAGACAGAAAGUCGGCAAAAAAAAUUAAACUUCUUGCCGAGUUUUGGCACGAAAAGUUCCAUACCUAUUUCUACCGUAAAGUGUAAUGUUUCCACAAAAAAACCAAUUUUUCCGCACAAAACUAACAGAGUUAUGGCCAAAAAGUUUUUUUUCUGACCAUUCUCCGCAUUUAGCGUACUCUCUCGAUCGUUCAAUAUCUCGGCGGUGCUUAUAAAGCGCGAGCUAAAACUUUCAGGAAUUUAUACUUAGUUCAUGACCGACAUGUGUGCAAAAUUAAAAGAAAAUUUGAGCGUCCCACUUGGGGUACUUCCCCUGUAAAUGAUCUUUGAUGACGCACAUGUCAGCACAAGAGUUUUCGCACCUUUUCAAGAAGAUCUAACGUCUUUUACCUCGCGAGGCACUUUUUCCGUUUAUAAAAUGUUUCUAGAUAAUUAUUGUGUUGCGCAGUAGAAGUGUUCAUCUCCCGCCAACAGGGUUGAUCGACUUUUUGGACGUUGAAACUGAGCCCUGUGAUGUGAACAUCAAGCCCCUUAGAAAGGAUGUAAAACCACGGUUCUAUGAGCACGAAGAUGGUAUGGAUGAAGAAGGCGCCCCAAGACAAAAGCAGGCUGGGAUAGCUCCUCGCAUCGGUAUGUGUUCAGUACUUGCAACAUAAACGCUUUAUCUUGGCGUUUUCGCAAAUGAAACUUUAUUUAUUCGUUUAUCUGCAGAGAGAAUACCAACAUCAAGACAGGGAAACAGCGAGCCCGAUCAUUAUCAAGAACUGUUAAGCAAAAAACGAAGCUAUUACGAUAAGUUGCUGGAGAAACAGCUUAUGAGAAAGGAAUUCAAGUCUCAUCAACUGGCGGCCCCUAGGGUUGUGGUUGGAGACAAGCCCAGAAAUAUCAGCCGCUUAAUAACGACAAGUUCGACUAGCAGUAAGCCAGCAAUACCUGCUCGCAAUCCGAAAAGAAUACUGACAUCGGGAUGGAGCAAACGCAAAAACGAUGAAGCCUUAAAAACAACGACCGAGAGCUCAGAAGAUGUGUUGAAUAAAGGCUCGACAGCAGGAACAACCUCCACAACAGCCAAGGCAACACAGUUCCCAGAUCGUAAGUUUGACUCUUGCGAGUGCCCUGCCGAUAAUUUUUAAACUCUUGAGUGCAUUGUUUUAGCAUUAAGCGAAAUGUUUGGCAAAGACUUUGCCGAGUUCUUGGAACCAACAUUCAACUCCUCGAGAUACGAGAAAGAAGAGGACCCUGAAGAUGAAGCAACGGUGAAUCCGAUAAACACGACAGUGAAUUUACCGGUUACCGCGUUCCCUCCCAGAAUGACCACAACAGAGCCGAGUGCCCAGACGGGUUCCCAAAACCUUGAGACUGAGAGUCCCGUCGAGGAAUUGCAAGGCAAAGUAAUUACAACUUCUGAAAAUCCGUCAACAUUAGCACGGCUGCGAAUUCAACCGCUGAACAAAAGAAUUGAUGGUACUGAGGAUACAUUGAAGGAGCAAGAAGUCUGUAGGUAGUCUUGCAUCAAGGAAUCAGAAUACAGGGUCUUUCAAGAAAUGUGAAAGAAAGCCGGAGGCUAUAACUUCUGGCAGAGGCGGCGCAGAGUCUUCGUUUUUGGAAUAUGUAUUUUUAAGUGACAUUAAUUUUUGCCUAUGAAACAAAAAGAUUUUAAAAUGCAAACUGAGGUCGCUGCGACCUUUUGAAGUAGACCCUGUAUUUUCAAAUCCCAAUUUUCAGCGAGCUCGAUGAAUCCAUUGAAAGUGGUUCCGGCGGAGCUGCACUCCCAUCUUCCUUCAUUCAGCCAUCAUUUCGUGGACGUCAUACCACCACACAUCCAUCCAGCACAUUUAGCGUCCAUCAUCACAACAACUCCGCCCGCUUUCAACAUUUUAACAACGAUGCCCACGACAACAUUGACGCCGGCUAUUGUCACAACACAAUCCUCCGCGACAAUCCGUCCCCUGUCUCAAGAACCACCGACAGCGCCACCGGUAUGGUCAACGACUGAAGACUUACCGGAGCACACGCAAAUAGAAGAAGUUGUACUCCCUGAAUUCAAGGAAAAGUCUUGUGAUAUCAGUGGCGGAUGUCUUUUCGAAAAUGGCCUUUGCUCAUUUCGAAACAUGAACCCGUCCGUUUUUCGAAAAGUGACCGGUAAGCAAAUUUUUUGCCUGUAAAACAAUAAUCGAGUCUUCCCAUUUUUCAGUGGGAACCUCCAAUUUCAUUGAGACCCGCGUCACACCUGGCCAAGUGGCAUCCAUCGAGUCCCCAACCAAUGCUUCUGAGCCGUUCUUUGUUGUGUUUGACUACUUGGAAUGGACGGAAGGCGAACGGUUUAUGGGGUGCUGUCAAUUUAAAGUCAACGGAAAGUCCCAACUGCGAUGUCCGUUCGAAUCGGAGCGAGCUCAAGGCGAGAUUUUGUGGCGCGGAGGGAUGAUGGCUUGUGUUGCUGGAACGGAGAAGGUGCGCUAGGCUACAGAAAUAACAUCUGCUUUAUUUGACGCAAUUUUAGAUCAUCUUCAUAUGCGAAAAUCUCGGCUCUAAGCAUGGCAUUUGCGCACUGGACAAUGUGCGAUUGCAUCCGGAUUGGGACCCCGGGUUUACGGAGCCUUGUCAACGGGAUUCGUUGAAUCAAUUGUAA